AUGGCUACGGAAUAUACCAUUAACGCUAGGAGUGCCGUUGCUGCUGUAGCUGCAUCUAGUAAAUCAUUCCGGGUUUACUUCCAAGAUACGAAGGACGGCAUACGUGAAGGAGUUCGACUCUACAGCAUAUCUGCGCAUGGAUUACUUGAAGAGUGGUGCUACAGUAAUGGAGGGCAAUGGGCUCCAGGCUAUCUUACCAAACAAAAGAUCCAAACUGCUCAGAACUCUUCUGUAGCAGCUGUCAACUGGGACGGACCGAACAUUCGUGUGUACUGCCAAGAGAAAGGUUCCAAUGCUAUCCAAGAAUAUUGUACUGGUGCCCCCCAUAUACGAGUUUAUUACCAAACUCCAGAUCUUCUCGUUCAGGAGCAUUGCUAUGACAACGGUUGGAGCAAGGGCGGCUUCAACCCUGGUGCCGCAUUGAAGAAUACCGCUAUAGCUGCCACUUCGUGGAAUAACUCUGGAGUGCAUCUCCAUGUGUAUUCACAAGAUAGCUACGGGCUACUUAGAGGUUAUAAAUGGUCUGGAUCGUGGGAGAAAACAGGGUUUGGUAGCUCUGUGCCAGUUGGUACACACAUGGUGGCAGUAAAUUGGGACGAUGGGAAAAUGGUUUGA